AUGUCCGAACUGGAAAAUACGGCAACAGCCGGCAAAACUAUUGAGGAGUUGCAUUUGGAAGUAGAGCGACUGUCGCGCGAACUAGAUCAGGCAGCUAGCGAACGCGCACAAUCGGCACAAUAUGGUCUCUCAUUAUUGGAGGAGAAAUUGUCACUUGAACAGAAGUGUGAGGAAUUGGAGACACUGUACGAUCAUGCCAAACACGACUUGGACAUUACACAAGAAGCACUAGCCAAAUUUCAAACUUCACAAAAGGUCACCACAAAAACUGGCAUCGAACAGGAGGAGUCCUUGCUCACCGAAACAGCAGCACUCGAGACAACAUUGAAUAGUAAAAUACUCGACUUGGAAAAUGAGACAAAGCAAUUGCGUCACGAAUUGGAACGAGUACGCAACGAACGUGAUCGUAUGCUGCAAGAGAAUACCGACAUUGGACGCGACAAAUCAGAUAAUGAGGCUGAGAAACUACGCCUCAAGGCCGAGGUGAAGGAUCUGAAAUUUCGUGAGACACGUAUGCUAACGGAAUACACCGAACUGGAGGAGGAAAACAUAUCGCUGCAAAAGCAGGUGUCGAGCUUGAGAAGUUCGCAGGUGGAGUUUGAAGGUGCCAAACACGAGAUACGUCGUCUAACCGAAGAGGUCGAACUGUUGAACUCACAAGUGGAUGAGUUAGCAAAUCUGAAGAAGAUUGCCGAAAAGCAAAUGGAAGAAGCUCUAGAGGCUCUUCAAUGCGAACGUGAGGCAAAAUAUGCGCUCAAGAAGGAAUUGGAUAGUCAUUUGAACCGUGAGUCCAUGUACAAGAUAAGCAACUUGGCCUAUCUACGCAGUAAUAUGGACGACAACAUAAGCGCCAAUAGCGAUGGCGAAGAGGAGAAUCUCGCAUUGAAGCGCCUCGAAGCCGACUUGACCACAGAAUUGAAUGCCACCGACGGCACCAAAUGCGAUCUCUUCUCCGAGGUGCAUUUGAAUGAGUUGAAAAAAUUGGAAAAACAAUUAGAAUCGAUUGAAAACGAGAAAAUGCUACUCACUGCGAAUUUACGAGAGGCACAAACCAGUUUGGAUAAAUCACAAAAUGAAAUACAAAAUUUCAUGGCACGUCUAGCGCUACUAACGGCACAUGUCGAUGCAUUGCUACAGUUGAAGAAACAGCUAGACAUUAAAGAUGAUUCCAUGGAAGCGGCGAAACGACGCAAUGACGAACAAAAUGUACGACAACAACUGCUGGAUACACUCGCACAGUAUAACAGUUGGUUCACACUAUCCUCCAAAGAGAUUGACGGUCUCAAGACUGAUUUAGUGGAACUGCAAAAGGGUUUCAACUACACCGACGCAAUGACAACACUACGUAAUGAGGUCACAAAUUUGAAAAAUAAACUGCUCAGCACCGAGCAGAAAUCGCUGGAUCUGCAAAGUGAUGUGCAGACGCUCACAAGUAUUUCACAAAAUGCCGGCCAAAGUUUGGGUGCGGCACGCUCCACUUUGGUGGCCUUAAGUGACGAAUUGGCACAGCUAUAUCAUCUCGUUUGCACCGUUAACGGCGAGAUACCGACGCGUAUUAUGCUCGACACGAAGAGCGAUGAUAUGAGCUUCGAAAACGAUUCGCUUACUGCCAUACAAUCGCAGUUCAAGUCCGACAUUUUCACUUCUCGCUCACACACGAUUGAGGAUUUGCAGGGACUUGCCGAUUCGGUUGAAAUUAAAAAGUACGUCGACACUGUAAGCGAUCAGCUCAAGCAUUUGAAAACCGCUGUCGAGCACACAAUUGAGCACAACAAAAAUAAAGUGCGCGGCGAUGUUUCUGAAGCUGAUAAAUACAAUCGCGAGGAAGUCGAGGAGUUGCAAGAACAAAUCGUGCGCCUUAAGGGCUUGCUCUCACUCAAACGCGAUCAAAUCGCUACAUUGCGCACGGUCUUGAAGUCCAACAAACAGACCGCCGAGGUGGCGCUCACCAAUCUCAAAUCGAAAUAUGAGAACGAAAAGACCGUGGUCAGCGAGACAAUGUCCAAAUUGCGCAAUGAACUGAAGAUACUCAAGGAAGACGCAGCGACAUUCUCAAGUUUGCGCGCCAUGUUCGCCGCUCGUUGCGAGGAAUACGUCACACAGGUGGAUGACCUCAACCGCAAACUAGAAGCCGCUGAAGAGGAAAAGAAGACUCUAAAUCAGCUGUUGCGUUUAGCUGUGCAGCAGAAAAUUGAAUUGACUCAACGUAUGGAGGAAAUGGAAAUCGAUCGUGAAACACGUUUCGCGCGUCGUUCGAUGCCACCACAACGCGGCAGCAGCGGCAAAUCCUUCUCGUCACGACCCUCAACACGUAAUCCGGCCGGCAGCAAUCAGAAUCAAUUCUAACAUAAAAUAAGCGUGCAGCGAAAGAUUUUAGCUUUAGUUUAUACACUGCUUAAGUUGUAAAGUCACUUUUGUGUAAACUGUCACACUAUCCACGAGUCACGUGUCACACACGCACGCAAAUACAUACUGUCACUUUUAAGGUAUGAAGUAAUUGCUAGUAAUUUGUCUCGCAAAUCAAAAGAGCAAAAUAUUUCAAGCAAGUGCUGAAUUUUAGCAAAAGCAAAAACAGUUAGUACGGUGUUUAUAAAAAUACGAAGGGGAGUAGAGCAAUAUCGUAAAAAAUUAGCAAUUUUUGCACUAAGCAACUUAUAACGAUAUAAAAUUUUAAUAUCAUAAUCGUUUGCUGCUCUUCACAUCGUACUGAGGAAUUCUUCCGCCCGUUUAGCUAAAGACACAGCGUUCGGUUUAAAAGUGACCGUUAUUAGUCCAUAGAAUUUGUUUUUAUUAUUACUUAUCUAUUAGUAAUACAAGACACUACUAUAACGACACUAUAUUAUGUAUUAACAUUUAUGUUUGUACACACAGUUAUGCCAAAGUGGAAUUUACAACGAAAUUUGUUGGUUUCAAACUCUACAAAGACAAUUCAUGGAACUGUGGAAAGCUUUAAGUUGUUAUGUAAUCAUGCAUAUUUGUAAGAGAAGUCAAAAUUUGUCUUGAAUUCAAAACAUGUUUGAAAACGCUAAUGUGGAUCGUAUUAAAAACUCUCCAAAAAGCUCAAGUCUGUACAACACGUUCUGAAAAUCAAGAAAAAAAUGCUGCAUCUAACGGCAAUUCAAAGCAUGCUUGAAAACGCGAAUGUGGAUAUUGUUAAAAACUCUCCAAAAAGCUCAAGUCCGCACAACACGUUUUACAAAUCAAGAAAAAAGAGGUGCAUAUCUAACGGUAAUUCAAAGCAUGUUUGCGAACAGUAAUGUUGAUCGUAAAGUUAACUCUCCAAAAAUGUGGAUCGUAAUCGCAACUCUCCAAAAAGCUCAGGCCUACACAACACGUUCUGAAAAUCAAAAAAGAGCUGGGGUUAUUCAAAACAUGUUUGAAUACACCAACGCGGAUGUUACUAAAAACUCUCCAAAAAUCUGAAGUCUGCACAUCAUCUUGUGAAACCCAAGAAAAAAAAAGAGAUGCAUAUCUAGCGGCAAUUAAAAACAUUUUUGAAAACGUUAAUUUGGAUCAUAAUAACAACUCUACAAAAAGCUCUGUUAAAUACAUGAUACGAAAAUCAAAAAAGGAGAGCUAAGUGCUCGAGGAGAGCAAUAGUUGUGCAAAAAUAUACAUAAUCUAUUGAAGUUUAAUGUGCGUUUCAAAUUGAAAUGCUUAAGACUUAAAAAGUUUGCUGAGCAUUGUACGAUUUUGGACAAGUUUAAAGAGAAAUAAUAACUCCAAAAGAGAAAAAGCUUUUGGAAAUAUUUUACGAAAUCAGACUCUAAAUUUAGUUUUCAAGAGAACCUUUAAGCUUUAAAGAAGCUAAUUUUCAAAUGAAGCUUUGAACUUUAAAGUUUGUAGACAACUUAACAUUUAAAAAAAUUUGCUGGUCAAGGAUAAUAAGGAGCUUCGAGCAUUAAACAAAAUAAGCUUCAACUAGCUUUGAGCUUAGAAAAACAAUAACUUCAAGAAGAAGAAUAACACAAGUUAUGAAACGAUUUUUCGCUUGUGACUAUUAAUUUAAGUUUAAAGAAGUUGCUUUGAAGAUUUAAAGAAAGUCAUUUUCAAGUGAAGCUUGGAGCUUUAAAGUUUUCUAAAAAAGCUUAAAAUUUAAAAUGUAUUCGCGUCAUGGAAAUUUUUCGAUAAUCGACGAAUUUAAAGAGGAGCUUUGAGCUUUAUUCAAAAAAGCUUCAAUUAGCUUUGAGCUUAAAAAACAAUAGCAAAAAUAAAAAAACAAUGAAAGAUAUGGAAAGAUUUUCGGAUUGUGACUAUAAGUUUCAAGUGGAUUCUUUCAAGCUUUGAAGAAAGUCAUUUUCAAGUGAAGCUUGGAGCUUUGCAGUUUUUAAAAUACGCUUAAAAUUUAAAAUGUAUUCUGGACAUGGAAAUUUUUAAAGACGAGCUUUGAGCUUAAAACAAAAGAAGCUUCAACUAGCUUUGUGCUUCAAAAAAAACAACUUCAACAACAAAAAUAAUACAAGGUAUGCAAGGAUUUUCAGAAUCCGAUUAUUAAUUAAAGUUUCAAGAGACUGUUUUUCGAGCUCUGAAAAAAGUAUUCCUCAACUGAAGCGUUGAGCUUUUAAGUUUUCCAGAAAAACUUGACAUUUUAAAAAUAUUCCGGAAAAGGAAUAAUUUCGAACAUCGACAAGAGGAGACUUUGAGCUUUAAACAAAAUAAGCUUCUGGCUUUGAGCUUAAAGAAAAAACUUUAAGGAGAAAAAUAUGAUAUGAUAUAGACAUCUAACUCUUCAUUUAAGAUUCAAGAUAAUUCUUUGGAGUUUUAAAAAAAUAAUUUUUAACCGGAGCUUUGAGAUUUAAAGUUUUCUAAAAAAAAACUUCAAAUUUCUGAAGUAUUCUGGAGGGAGCAUAGAAUCGAAAAUCGAUAAAUAUAAAGCUUUACACAAAAUAAGCUUCCACUCUAGCUUUGAGCUUUCAAGUUUUCUAGAAAAACUUAAAUUUAAAAUGAAUUCAGGGCAUGGAAUUUUUAUGAAAAUUUAUAAAUUUUAAGAGGAGCUUUGAUCUUUAUUCAAAAAAAGCUUCAACUGUCACCUUAAGUUUUUUCAACUACAGCUUGAAGCUUUGAAGAUUUCUAAAAAAUCGAAAAAUUUAAACAAUUGAGCUCGCCGUUGUACCAGUAGCAACUGAGGUCGAGCGAAAAAAUUGAAUUUAAAAAAAAAAUCGUUCUACACGAGUCACAGAAAGCUUACAUGGACAUAUAAAAAAAGUCCAAAUGCCUAUAAUGAUUGAUAAAAUGGAACUUCUACUAUGAAAAAAAGUCGAAAUAUAAAAAAUAAACAUAUUGUUAUGAAAACAUUAUAUUUUACUAUGAAAGCCAGAUCUAUUCGAUUAAAGCAACAAAACUUUAGGCACCUUUGCGGCGCUCUAGCAAUGUUAGUUAAUUAAAAGUAACGCUUUGUUGCUUAUUUUACAACAACAAAACUUUACUGUCCCUCUCUCCCACUCAAAUUUGUACCAAAAAUCGUACCGAAACCGCGUUUCCCAACAAAUUUCGCUUUCUUCUUUGGCAAACUGUGUGCAAUUUUGUAUUCUCUAUUCACACACAUUCGCAUGGCAAUUGUGUCUCGGCACACUCGCUACCGUCGACAUGUGUGUCGAAAUUAACUAAUAGUAUUGUUUAAAAUGGUUUGUUACUUACAUUUUCUUAUACACUUAAGUAUUUUUAAGUGAUUUUUUCUCAAACACAAAUAUAUAUAAACUAUUUAUAUUAUAUUAUUUACAAAUAUAAGUUCCAUUAACGCUACAAAAGCAGCUAUUAGCAUAA